AUGUCUUUCGCAAAAGAACAUUCGAUUAAUCGUAAUCUUAUUAAGAAUCAUAUGAUCAAAUUGGAUCUGGAUAAUCCCAAGAAAGAUUAUGAUCAACUUAUUGAAGCAAUCGGAAAUGCGCAAGUUGUGUUAAUUGGUGAAGCAUCUCAUGGAACUGAAGAAUUUUAUCAUGAAAGAUGUUUAAUCACAAAAAGACUAAUAGAAGAAAAAGAUUUCACUGUUGUGGCAUGUGAAGCAGAUUGGCCAGAUACUUAUAAAGUUAAUCGUUACGUACAAAAUUUUAAAUUAAAUAAUUCAAAAGAUGCACAUGAGGCAUUAAGUGAUUUUAAGAGAUUUCCAACUUGGAUGUGGAGAAAUCAUCAAAUAUCUGAUUUUGUUGAAUGGCUUAAGAAGCGUAAUGAUGAAUUGGAGGCUAAAGCAAGAGCCGAACAAGGUGAAGAAGAAUGGAAUCGUUAUAACAAAACUGGAAUUUACGGAUUGGAUUUAUAUUCGUUAUUUGCAUCUAUUGAGGCUGUUAUCACUUACUUGGAAAGCGUUGAUGCUCGGGCAGCAAAAAAAGCGAGACAAGCUUACGGUUGCUUUGAUCAUUUCGAUCGGUCAACCGAAUCCUAUGCGUUUUCUACAUAUUUUAAAGUUUCAUCAUCAUGUGAAAAAGAAGUGAUUAGAGUGUUAACUGAUCUUGCUAAAAAGCAAUCUGAACAAAUUACCCACAAAAAUCAUUCAAAUGAAGAGGAAGUAGAUGAGUUGUUCUGCGCUAAAAUAAAUGCUAUGGUGGUUAAGGAUUCCGAAGAAUAUUACCAAUUUGUGCUUUCAUUAAAAGGAAAAAUGAUUAAUGGUGGUGCUCAAAGUUGGAAUAUGCGUGAUUCACAUAUGAUGGAAUUGUUGAAAGCUUUAAUAAAUUACUUUCAACGUCAGAGAACCAAACAAGUUAAAGCCGUUGUUUGGGCACAUAAUAGUCAUAUUGGAGACGCGAGACAAACUCAUCAAGGAGAACGUCAAAAAGAAUUGAAUAUUGGACAGUUGGCUCGUGAACAAUUUGGAAUAGAAAGAGUUUACAACAUCGGAUUUACCACGCACACGGGAACAGGUAAUAUAAACACGCAAAAGGUUUUUCUUUUACAAGUUUACAGUCAAAAUACUGACAAUAGGAAUGCUAUAGUUACUGCGGCUUCCAAUUGGAACGGGCCAAGGGAAAAGAAAAAAGUUAACCCGUCACGUCCCGAAACAGUUGAACAUUUAUUUCAUACGGUGGCCGAAGAAACUUCUUCGCCGAACUUUCUCCUCAAUUUUAAUCAAAUUCAACAAAAUAAAAAAUUGGCCGUCUCAAAGGAUCUUAUUACUGAACUUGCUCAUAAAGCUAGAUUGAAAGAAAGAGCUAUUGGAGUAAUUUACCGUCCUGACACCGAAUUACAAUCUCAUUAUUUUAAUGCUAAAGUUUCUUUACAAUUUGAUGCUGUUAUACAUAUUGAUACUACUUCUGCUUUGAAACCCUUGCCGGACAAAACUGAAGAUGAAAUUGAUAGAACUAAUAUGAAAGAGGAAGAGUUGCCAACGACUUUCCCAACAGGCGAAUAA